GCGGCAUUGUGACAUUUCUACGUCUAUUUUCGGUUAAUAUUACAAUUUGUUCCUUAAACUAACGCAAAAAAGCAUCAACAGUUAAAACGGUCACUCAUAGUGGCAUCAGUUUCAGCUGUUGUUGCAUACCACAAGCCUGGUAAGCAUGCGUGUCUUCUUAGCAUGCCUCACUUGCCGGAUCCAGCUCUUCCUUGUCUGCCGACGCAGCGUAAUUUUACUAGCUUUGCUUUUCGUGACAAUGAGAAAAAUGCACUGAAUGAUACCUGUCUAAGCGCUCACAAGAACCUACAGGAUGAUAAUUGGUGUCUCACCGGAAUGCAAAAAUCAGCCUGAACGUUUCAGAACCUCAAACACCACCGCCGAACCAGCGAGUUCUUCCGCUGCUUCUGUCUUGUCCGCGUCGCAGGAUGCGCUGUUUGGGUACUUAAACAACUUGCGCGGAGGAGCGAACCUCGUGAAUUGCUUGUCACCAAUUUUCCUGUAUAUGUUGUUGCCUAUGCUGUAAUUAUUAUUCGUGAGCCUCUGUCUGAUGGACGUUUCCUCCCCCAGCGCGGGCCGCCGGAGACAGCUAGCGCUGCGCCAUCUCGCGAACUCUCUCGCUCGGAUGACUUUAGUCAGUCUGAAUGUUUGGUGAACUUUGCGUUGAGUUGGCGUUUCCAUUUUUGCGUCAAGCGGUUUCUGUCAUGUUUUCAAGGGCUUCGCUUGGACGGCCGGGUGUACCCCGCCUGCCAGGUCGCCCCGUAUGCCUCUUGCUAUUUGCAAGCCUGUGCAGUUGCCUGGUUCAGAAAUGUACUUUUUUGCCAGUCUCAGCUUUUCGACGCUCCGAGGGUAACUUGUCCCGCGGACUUUCGGCUGAACAGCAUAUUCGCAACAAAUCAGGUAGGCGACAACUGUCAGAAAUCGAUGGAGGAAAUCAUUUUGACGUCGAACCCGCCAGCUUCUUGGGCCUCCUCGGAGAAAGCCCUGAAGACGCAGACAGUUCCUCCACAAAAGCAGAGGACUCUGAUUCGGAAGGCGGAACUUCGCCAGCGGCAACUGAAGACCAGAACGGGAACGAAAGCGACUCUCAACAGUCAGAAUCAUCUGGAGCUGUAGAGAAACGGACGGCAGCAAAGGAGGCGCCAGAGGCGCAGCCAGAGAAACAGGAGGAACCAAGCAAGAAUGAAGCUCAAGAAGCGAAGGGUACUGCGGCAGCUGCUUCCCGACAGGAUGACACUGUGAUUGGAGAAGGAAAGAACCCGGAAGAGCUAACUGACGAUGAUUUCAAACAAAUGAGCACGAGUCAAGGUCUUUCUAUCUUGUUCAGCCAAGGAAAGGGCAUGAUGCAAGAAGUUCAGCACACGCUGGACGGUGUCAAUGCCGUCGUUAGUAUUACUGAACUAAUGGGGAAGGUGCGCGAGGAUAUUAGGAAAGAUGUUGAAGCCCUGAAUCACACUGUCACUGAAGAGUACCAAAACAUCGAACAGCUCAGGCAACUGCAAGAUGCUCAAACGGCUGUCCUUCGGUCGCAGCUGAACUACCUUAUUCCAUUGAAUCGUCAAGAAGCCGCUGCCUUACCUGAGAUGCCCGGGGAAGUGUUACAGUCUGGGUCGUCUUCACUCAGUUUCUACAGCCUUUUCGGGUCAGUGUGCGCUGCUGUGGUUUCCGUUCUCUUGUCGGCAGCUCAUGUAUCCUCGUGAAACGAACGGCUUUGUUGCCCUAAUGAUUUUGGAGUUGUCCCUGCAUGAGUGUGCUAAGAGCAGGCAUAUGCGGGAAUAAGUCUAGCAGCUUACAUGAGCGACAUCUUUGAGAUAGUCCGGACAUAUGCAGUACUUCUGACAUGUUGGAGUGUACUCUAUUGCCAGUCGUCACAGAAUGGCCAUGGACCACGAGCUCUACGAUGCAGACCUCAUACAACCUGCGAAGAAGUCAAUU